AUGGCGGACGAAAAGCCAACUGCGGAGAGUUUAUCGAAGCCUUCCGACGUGGAGAGGGUCUCUCAUUCUCCUGAGUUCCCUCCCAAUUCUAAACUCGAUCUAUUUGAAGACCCGGAUGAGGGCCUAAGUGAGGAGGAAAAGGCCAAAAUUGACCGUGCCUUACUCUGGAAGCUCGAUCUACGAUUGAUCCCUUGGCUCAGUUUACUUUAUCUCAUAUCUUUCUUGGAUAGAACCAACAUCGGCAAUGCGAAACUCGCAGGCCUGCAGGAGGACUUACAUAUGUCUAACAACCAAUACAAUGCCUCUCUGACCAUCUUUUUCGUCUCCUAUUCGGUCUUUGAGCCUUUGACCAAUGUGUUGCUCAAGCGAAUGCGACCCAGCGUUUUUAUCCCCAUCAUCAUGAUGCUCUGGGGAAUCUGCAUGACAUGUAUGGGACUAGUGCAUAACUACGCCGGUCUCAUGGCGGUGCGAUGGUUCCUGGGCCUGACCGAAGCGGGUCUUUUCCCCGGCGUGGGCUACUUCUUGUCGUGUUGGUACAAACGAUCUGAAUUUGGAGUUCGCAUGGCCAUCUUCUUUUCUGCUGCGGCCCUAGCGGGCUCCUUUGGCGGCCUUCUUGCGGCCGCCAUCGCCUUGAUGGAUGGAGUCGGAGGAAAGGCCGGUUGGUCCUGGAUCUUUAUCUUGGAAGGGCUUGCAACAAUCAUUGUCGGAGUUCUGUCGUUCUGGAUGGUCUAUGACUUCCCAGACGAAGCCAAAUUCCUGUCCGACGCAGACCGUAAGCGGGUCCUUCGCCGUCUUGCAGCGGACCAACAAGCCAGUGCAGGAUACGAACAGUUCAAGAUGGCAUAUUUCUGGAGCGCUCUCAAGGACUGGAAAACUUACACUGGCGCCAUGAUCUAUAUGGGUGCAGAUGCUAGCUUGUAUGCGUUUUCGCUAUUUGUUCCCACCAUUAUCAAGGAGCUAGAUCAAUGGGCUUCUGGAUACAAAUCAAUCAAGGCCCAGCUCCUUAGUGUGCCUCCGUACGCUGCCGCCGCUGUUGUGACCGUGACAGUGGGCUUUAUUGCCGAUCGCACGCGACAGCGCGGGAUCGCUAAUAUUCUGGUGUCUAUUGUCGGCAUCGUUGGCUUCUCGAUGCUGAUUGGGGCCCCAUCACCAGGAGCGCGAUACGCUGGGACAUUCUUGGGUGCCAUGGGGAUCUACCCUGCAAUUUCCAAUACGAUUUCCUGGGCUAGUAACAACACUGAAGGAGUCUACAAGCGAGGAGUCACUCUGGGCAUCGUCAUUGGCUGGGGUAAUCUGAACGGUAUCGUCUCCUCCAACAUAUACCGUGACAAGGAUAAGCCCAAGUACUAUCCAGGGCAUGGCACGGUGCUUGGAUACCUGGUGGUCUUCCUGUUCGGUGGGUCGUUGGUGCAAUACGUUCUCCUGCGACGGGAGAAUGCGAAGCGUCGACGUGGCGACCGCAAUCAUUGGGUGGAGGGGCUGAGCCAGAGUGAAAUCGAGCUUCUGGGAGACGAGAGGCCGGAUUUUAUAUAUACACUGUGA